AUGAAGCCGACAAACGCGAAGAUGGAAUCGCAGCAGCGCGAGAAAAUAAAGGACGGGAGUUCGCCCAAGAGUCCCUCGCCCCUGCCCUACACGUCCUCACCGUCGUCCAACUCGUCUGCGUUUCUCAUGGAAAAAUCGGAAAAAAAGCGCAGGGAAGAAAAGAAACAGUUGGAGCAUCUCAAUUUCAUUGGGCAAAUCUUUUCACAGGAGAGGGACGCGAAAUCGCUUAGAAGCGAGGCCUCGAGGAAGGCCGUGGUUAAGUCCAAGAGCGAACUCUCGAAGGACUACUGUCCGUAUUCCUCCGACAAUUGCGGCUGCAGCUCGGGUUGCACGGACUGCGACUACGGGCUCUACACGUAUACGACUAAGAAUAAAAGCAAGUUGAAAAGUAAAGGCAAGGAACUCUAUGUAAGGUCCACGAGACCGUUGAAGGCGUCCGAGAGAAGUCGGAGAACUGCGAAAUCAUUUAGCACCGCGAACGUUUUGAGGAGGAAAAGGGCGAAACUCCCUAAAACAGGAAAUGCCUUGGAAAGCUGCUAUCCCGAGUCUUCCGGCAGUUGCGAUCGCAAGUCGGACUACAUAAAGUGCGACUUCGAGUUACGUGCAACCAAAGACCGAAUGCUAAAAACCAAGAGGAAGAAAUCGGCGAGGAAUUCGAGAAAACUGAAAGCAACGAGGACUGUGAAAUUGCUCCGCAGUAAGAAAGUUUCGAAGAACACAGCGGCAAAAGUUUCUGCAGAAACCGUCACGAAAAACUGGUUACCCGAUUCGUCUAAUAGCUGCGAGUGCAAUUCGGGUUGUUCGUCGAAUAGCUGCGAGACGAGCGUGACUACAAGGAAAAAAAAAUUAAGGAACAGAUUUGAAAGAGCGAGGGCCGCGGCGAGCCCGAGAGUGUCGGAGCUGCCUUUAGUAAUCAAUAUCGAAUCAGUUAAAAGUAAAAAGGUCCCGAAGCAAACAGCGGGAGCAUAUCCUAAAAAACGUAAAUCGUGGCCCUCGUACGAGUGUUCUGAAAGCGAUUCUUACUUCACUGGCGAAGAUUGCAGCAACAAGUGCGGGAAUAGCCGCCAAUCAGAUUGCACGAAAACUUAACUGCAGGAUUUUAUCGGAAUAUAAAAUGACAUGCUAAUCGAAUUGAUACAAUGAAUUAUUUAUAUUGCCAUAAAUAAUUAAUACAUUACACGUGCUCUAUAAGAGAUUGCGAUGAGGUAUAUUAACUAUCGUAAUACCACGCGCAAAGAUGAUAUGUUAAAAUAAGCCAAUACGUGAGAUAAUUCUCGUCAAAUAUUAAGUGUAUAUAUUAAAUUAUGUAUAUAUAAUAUAUAAUACCUAUAUAUGUAUAUACAUAAU